AUGGCAGAGAGACCAGAGGAUCUCAAUUUACCCAAUGCUGUUGUCACCAGGAUUAUUAAAGAGGCGUUACCAGAAGGAGUAAAUGUAUCUAAAGAAGCGCGCAGUGCAAUCUCACGGGCAGCCAGUGUCUUUGUCCUUUAUGCAACAUCCUGCGCCAACAGUUUUGCAAUGAAGCAGAAGAGGAAAACGCUGAAUGUGUCUGAUGUAAUGUCGGCUAUGGAAGAGAUGGAGUUCCAGCGGUUUCUGGGUCCCCUGAAAGAGGCUCUAGAAGCUUACAGGCGGGAACAGAAGGAAAAGAAAGAAGCCUCAGAGUUGAAGAAGAAGGACAAAGAUAAGAAAGCAGACGGAGAGGAGGACAAAAGCAGAGAGGAUGACAAUGAAGAUGAGGAGGAAAAGAUGGAAGAGGACGAAGUGAUAGAAGAUGAGGAAGUGGAUAACUGA